AUGAGACAGCGCUGGUGCAACGGCAUUGCACAGGAGGGGAAUCUCCUCCUUCAGCAAAGGGCCCGUCGGUCCCGACCAGAGAUGAAGAAUCUCCUUCUCUUUGCGGUGCUGUUGGUAUGCGAACCGCCGCCGGCACGCGGAAGCGUCUUGGAGUUGAAGCGGAUGGUCAAAUCCACGACGGGGAGAAGCGCCCUGCUUUCCUACAGCUGGUACGGCUGCUUCUGCGGCAUCGGGGGGCGCGGCACCCCCGUGGAUGCUACCGACAGGUGCUGCCAUGCCCACGACUGCUGCUACCGAAAGCUGAGGGAGAGCAACUGCAGGCCCCUCAUCACCCCCUACGAAUUCAACGUCACCGACGGAGACGUCGCCUGCGCGGAUGAGCUCACGCAGGGCAGGCAGAGGAGAGAUGCCGCCCGCUGCGGGAAGGCGCUAGCUGAUCCCGCGGGAAACGCUGAUUUGCUCUCCCCUCGCAGGGCUGUCGCGAAGAUGAACUGCCUCUUGGCGCUUGCCGUGCUCUUCGCCUCGGGCACGGUGACGGCGCAGGGGAAUCUCUGGGACCUGCAGCGCAUGAUCACGAAGGCGACGGGGCGCUCCGCGGUGCUGCACUACUCCUCCUACGGGUGCCACUGCGGCUGGGGGGGCCGCGGGCAGCCGAAGGACGCCACGGACGGGUGCUGCCAGCAGCACGACGCCUGCUACGACAGCCUCCUGCGCCACAGCUGCGACGCCAAGAAGGAGCGUUACCGCCACGGCUGGCGCGGCGGCAGCCCGGUCUGCGCUCGCGCCUCGUGGUGCGCCCAGCUCUCCUGCGAGUGCGACCGCAGCCUGGCGCUCUGCCUGCGGCGAAGCCUCGGCACCUACAGAGCCCGUUACCGCUUCUACCCCCGGUACCGGUGCGAGCAGUGA